AUGGACCUAUCUACGGAAGAUAAUGAAAGAGAAACCAAUAAUAACGUAGAUCGUGUGGUCCGUGGGCAGCUUGGAACGCAAGAAUCUGAUAUUCCCCCUCCAAAUUCGGUGUCGCAACCGGAUUGUCCUGCUAAUCUGUUAACUCUACGGGCUAUCAUCGAUCAAGUAACGCAGGUGGACAUGAUCAAAUGGGCGAAUGAAGUGGUUAACGUUUCUCGAGCAAGAUUCAAAAGAAUACCACGUGGUGGAUGGCCUAUGAUUACUCAGGCUUUUAACGAAAAGUUCCUCACGUCCAAAUCUGUGGCGAAUGUGAAGAGUCUGGCUAAGAUGACGGGAACAAAGUCUAACUCUCAAAUGGAUCAAGAAAAGAAUCACAAGACUGAAAUCUCUAAUUUUAGAGAUUGCUCAAUUGAAUUUUCUUACCAAAUAGAGCAAGUAAAAUCUAUCUCUCGAAAAAAACGAAAGCCGACCAAAAAAGUCCCAUAUCAACUACUUAAAAUAGAAAUAUUGUCUGGAAUAAAUGCAGUGAUUAAUGAAUAUAUAAAGACCAACCCUCCUGUCAAUUUGAAUGAUAUCACCGAUAUCGUUUAUGCUGCACAGCUGACAUACCAAUCUCUCACAAAAUACUCUCCUAAGAAUAACAACUGGAAAGGAAUAAUGGAAGCAAAACUAAUUAAACUUAAAGAACAAUACGAACAGACUAAUACACUUAUUGAUCAAAAAGGAAGCUUGAAGUUUGAUAAUGCAACGAGGGAUACGCUGAGUGAAUAUGGAUAUCGAAAGGCAAAGAAAGGAGAACUUGGAAGAAUUUCUGCUUGCAUUGGAGACGAAAUAAAGAUUGUUGAGAAGAAACUUCGACUCCAUGAUGCAAGAAAAGAAUUUCGGAAACAGAAUUGGUUUUUUGAAUUGAAUCGGCGGUGUUUCUAUCGCAGUUUAAAUGAUGAGAGAAAGAGUGCAGAGUUCAUGUUUAAUAACAGUGAAUGUUUAACAUAUUGGGAAAAAAUAUGGAGUAGAAAUGAGAAGAGCGAUAAUGUGUUACACAUUAACAAGAGAGUGACAUGGGCAGAGGAUACAUUUGCAGAGUUUAGUAAAGAAAGCAUCCUUGAAACAAUUAAACAACUCCCAAACUGGAGAGCUAGCGGUUGUGAUGGGGUGUAUAAUUUCUUUCUAAAAAGAAUGACCUUAAUCCAUGAUCACUUGUGUGAAGAACUAGUCAAGAUAAUCCAUGGUGAAUACAUACCGGAUGAGUGGUUCUACACUGGAAUCACAUAUCUCAUCCCAAAGAAAGAUAUUUGUCAAGGACCCGAAGAUUUGAGACCAAUUACUUGUAUGUCUAACCUAUAUAAGCUUGCAACGAAAUGUGUUAACAGGAAGUUGGGAGAUUAUAUUGAGGCAUAUAAUCUGAUUGCCGAUAAUCAAUUGGGAACUCGGCGAAUGUGUCAAGGGGCAAAGAAACAAGCAAUUCUUAACCGGUGCAUUCACAAGCAAAACGGAAAUAAUUUGUUUUCUACCUGGAUUGACGUAAAGAAAGCGUUCGAUUCGGUAGAUCACGACUUUCUGUUCCAGGUGCUUGAAAACUCUGGACUCCCUAGCUGGAUUGUGAAUUUUGUGAAGAACCUUGUAACGAAGUGGAGAAUAAAGCUAAUUCUGAAUCAUAAUGAAAUCGGAGAGGUAAAAUUGGAAAGAGGCAUACUCCAGGGUGAUUCCUUGUCACCUCAAAUCUUUGCCCUGGUGAUGGAUCCUCUUAGUAGAAUUCUGAAUGCUAAGUACCCAAAAGUGAUGAUUGAUAACCAAGAUCAGGGUUGUAUUACAUAUACAACAAAUCACUUACUGUUUAUGGAUGAUCUAAAAAUAUUUUCACAAAAAGAAGAUACAAUGAUGAAUAUGAUGAAUGAGGUAAACAAUUUCUUCGAAGCUGCCGGACUGGAAAAAAAUGUCGAAAAGUCUGCAACUAAUCUGGCAGACCUUGGGUCUGAAGCUAAAUUGCUUGAUGGGAUGGAAGGUUACAGAUACCUUGGAGUGCUAGAAGAUAGAAGAAGCGAUGUAUUGAAAAGCGAAGUAUUGAAGGCACUCUUUGGGGAACUAAAAAAGAGGAUCGACAAUCUUUCGAAGACCAAACUAAACUCGUGUAGAUUAUUUAAAGCCAUAAAUGAACACGCAUUAUCCCUCUAUAACUAUUAUAUUGGGCUUGUCGACAUUGAGCCACUAGAGUUUGAACAAAUUGACAAAAAUGUACGCAGCAUCCUUGUACAUCAUCGAAUUCAUUUGAAGCCUGCAAACAAGGAAAGGCUUUACUUUCCAAGAGAUCAAUUUGGAAGAGGACUUGUAUCCAUUACUCAUAAAAGUGAACGGAUACUAUUUCAAUUCCUUCGUGAUCUUGAAAAAAAAUCUCGUUACUGCAUAAGAAAAGGAGGGAUUCUGCGAGUCAUCAAUUCAAAGAGAACACAUUUGGCCACAAUUGCUGAAUACCUCAAGCGCAAAUACAACAUCCAAGAUAUUGGAAGCCUUGAUUUGAACAUGCUGAGAGAAUUGCAGAAGAACAGCUUAAUUGAGCAAAUAAUGAAAAAACCAUUACAUGCAAUUCUCUUUGAUUGUUUGAAUGAUUCCAAUGUCGACGUUGCAGAAUCUUCUCAUUGGUUAUCACAUGGAAAUAACUCACCAAGAUCCGAGGCUUUGCUAUGCUUUAUACAGGACCGUAAUCUAUUUUUCGACAAUGUUGGGGCAAUUUGCAGUCACUGUAACUCUUCCAAAAAGACUGUUGACCACUUGGCAACGAGGUGUGGUCGAAUGCUGAAUAGUGACUACUUACGACGACACAACGAAGUAGUGAAAUGUGUACAUCUACAUCUAUGCAAGGAGUAUGGAAUCAAGAAAUCUAAGAAAUUGAAAACCCACUCUGUUCAAUCAGUGGUUGCAAAUAACUCUGUGGAGAUUCGUGUUGACACCACAAUUAAUACGGAUACGAAGGUUGAGAAUAACAAGCCGGAUAUCUUUGUACUUGAUAAAAUGAGGAACACAAUCAUGCUUAUAGAGAUUGGAAUCACCUCUCAAAAAAAAUUGAAGCAAGUCGAAGUGGAAAAGCUCCACAAGUACGACCUGCUUGCCAGUGAACUGGGAUUAAUCCACAAAGCCAAGGUAACCAUAGUACCAUUGGUACUAACGUGGGAUGGUGUUGUGAGUAAAUACUAUAAACAUCACUGCGAUACUAUUGGUUUGGAAGAACUUACACGAGCUUACAUUCAGUCGGUGGUUAUCAGAAAAACAUUGGAGAGUAUGCGUGUAGAACACAAAUUUGGAAUGAUCCCGCCAGAAGAAUGCCAAACGACUCGUUUUACAAAUGGAACAACGGAAGAGACUCUGCCAACUCCCAAUUCCGCGAUUAUAUGUCAAAUUAUUGAUGACGUCAUUCGCAAACUCAGUGUUGAUAAGAAAAAUUUUUAUUUACUUAUUUCUGAUGCUGCUUCAUAUAUGGUUUCUUCUGGAAAAAUAUUAAAGCAAUUAUAUUCAAAUCUAUUUCAUGUCACUUGUGUGGCGCAUUUAUUACAUAAUUGUGCCUUCAGAAUUAAAUCACAUUAUCCAGUGAUAGAUAAAUUAAUAUCGUGCGUCAAAGCACUUGUUGUCAAAAAUAAUUCACGACGUCAAUUAUUUACAGAAAUUGGAUAUCCACCCGAGCUCAUUGUAACUAGAUGGGGCAGUUGGUUAAAUGCUGCUGACUAUUAUGCAAAAAAUUUAACACAAAUCAUUAAUACUUGUAAUGGUAUAGAAGAGGAAUCUUUAUUGAUACAAAGAGCAAAGGAAUCCGUUAUGAAUGAAUUUCUUCAUACGAAUUUAGAAGACAUAAGCCGGGAAUAUCAUUUAUUAACAGAUAUUUUAAUGAAAAUUGAAUCUAAUAAAUUCACUAUUUAA